CAUUUCAAUACCGUUUACAAUACAACCAUUGUCGGCAAUCUCUUCACUGCCAUAAACACAAGCCGCAGCACAAACUCUCCCGCUAUUGUUGUUGGCCAUCCCAUGGGCGCAGUCAAGGAACAAUCCGCCAACCUGUAUGCUACCAAGCUGGCAGAGCAGGGUUUCAUCACCCUGACCCUUGACCUCCCCUUCUGGGGUAGAAGCGAUGGCCCUCAUAAUCUUGUGUCGCCUGAUUUCUACACCGAGGCUUACAGCGCUGCGGUCGAUCAUCUGGGUACUUAUAACUUUGUGGAUCGGGAUCGUAUCGGUGCGCUUGGAAUUUGCGGCAGCGGCGGCUUUAUCAUCAAUGCGGCCAAGAUUGACGCUCGCAUUCAAGCCGUCGCUACUGUUUCCAUGUACGACAUGGGUACCGUCAAUCGUCAGGGUCUUCGAGGAGCUGUACCAGUCGAGCAACGCAGAGCAGUCAUCGCCAACGCGUCACAGCAGCGAUGGGCUGAAGUCGACGGAGCACCAACCAGAUACGCCGUCGGCACUCCGAACCAACUCACUAGCGAUUCAGAUGCUGUCGCCCGCGAAUUUUACGACUUUUACCGCACCGUUCGCGGCGAGUUUACUCCCGAGGGAUGGCAGCGCAAUCAGACUACCCACCCUAAUCUCGUCACCAAUGUCAAGUUCCUCAACUUCUAUCCCUUCAACGACAUUGAAAUCAUUUCCCCUCGCCCUCUUCUCAUUAUUUCUGGCGACCAGUCUCAUUCACGAGAGUUUAGCGAGAAUGCGUAUCGUGCGGCUGGUCAGCCUAAGGAGCUUUACUGGGUUCGUGGAGCUGGUCAUGUUGAUCUUUACGAUCGAACUGACAUUAUUCCUUUCUCUAAGCUCAACGAGUUCUUCCACGAGAAUCUUGUUUAAGGGCUAUAAUGCUUUGAGGAUUUAUCCCUUUUAUUGGCAAUGCAAACCCUCUAUUUGUGGUUUGCAAUCAUUUCC